CGUUGAAUUGCAAAAAGAGGCCAAAAAUAGAUGCCAUGAAAUGGACAAAAGAUUGGCCUUAAGUGCCAACAAAACCGAAGAAGUUGUUUUGGCGUUAAAUAAAUACGAGAAAGACAUCAAAACGAUCGUGAAUUCGCGGAUCUCGUCCAUAGAGGCGGCGGAUGUGGUCGAAGAACUCAAUUCUCAUAUCUGUGCCGUCGAUAUCGAGAACAACUAUCUUAGGGAACAGAACGACAAUUUGAAACACGAUUUGAGUUCUUUGAUAGAAUUGAUGAAACGACGAAUCGGUGAUCAAAACGAGACCAUCGAUGACGUGAAUCAGAGGGCAAACUCCGAUAAGUGUCUCACUUUCUGUGAUGUGGAUCCCGAAGACAUAUUUGGUCCAAUCGAAGCCAUAACGACGGCCAACGGGAACGGCUGUUGUGUCGAUGAGUGCGUUCAGACGGUGCACACGCCUGAGCCAUGUCUGGCCAGCGAUCGGUCCAUCUCUCGGUCCAGUUCUCACUCAAAUGCUAACAAAUAUUUAGUCGAAGAGAAAGAGCUGUUGAUUCGUAAACUUCAGGAACAUUUAGAGACCAUAUCUAAUGAACUGGAGUUGAAGGACGAAGUGCUCAAUAAUUUAGAAAUCAAAUUAAAUACAACGCGAAAAGAGAACUCAGAUCUGAGACAACGGUUGGAUCAGUUGACAGUUGUGCACAACGAGUGUGAUUACAAACUCCAAGAGGCCAUCGAUCGGGUCUCGACACUCAAUGAGCACAAGAGAUCACUUAUGACUCAAUUGGACGACGAAAGCGAACAGCGAAUCAAAUUCAAGGAAGAGCUCAAAUCGUUGACCGCAAGACUCUUGGAGAACAUGAAGACUGUGGAGAACCAGUCGAUGACAAUCCAACACUUG